AUGGCCUCUCAAGCAAAUACCGGUCAGGUUCUCUGCGAGAACUGCCAAUGGAUUCGUUUAGAUGACAGCCUUCUUGAUGGCUUUGCUGGCGAGUCAGAAGAUGGCUAUUCAGUGCUGGAGUUCGAGUCGGGUAAUCAACCUAAAAGAUUCGAAGUAGCAUAUUAUUAUGAAGAUCUACUCCCAGAUCUCCCAGGCCUUCUACAAUCCCACCAGAAUACGCAGUGCACAUUCUGUCAUUACCUCCGGGAAGCAAUUCUUCACGCCAAAAUCGAGAAAUCGGGCGAGAUUUCAAUAAGCGUACAGUACAGGUGGUUUAUUGCCCAGGAAAUGUUUAGCAUAACUCACAAAGAUCAUGAGAAUCUUUCCUGUGUGAGUGUGACUUUGACAAGCGCUCAAGAAUCCUGGGAAAAACAUCUUUUCUUCAAGGUCGAGUCAAGUGAAGUUCGCGUUGCUCGCUGGCUGGGAAUUCACCGUUGUCCAGAAUCUGAAGUCUGGUGCCCCAAGAAUAUCGAAUGGGUUCAAGUCCUGCUGAAAUAUACAAGUAAUGUAGGUCCGUCGACGACCCUAAGAGGUCUUCCUACCCGUUUGAUUGAUGUAGGAGAGACCUGGGCGUGCAGCCCUCGGUUAGUGCAUACCGCAGAUCUAGGACAACAGCAUGUCAGAUACUGCGCUCUUAGCUACUGCUGGGGGGAUGCGAAGGAUGCUGAGACGCAGCUAAAGACGACAAAAGAGUCGAUAUCAGAGUUUUGCCUCGGCAUCCCAGAGUCAAAGAUGACACAGGUGAUGAAAGAUACUGUGGAGGUUUGCCGAGCCCUGAACGUUCGAUACAUGUGGAUUGAUGCCCUUUGCAUAAUCCAAGGCGACAAAGACGACUGGGAAAGAGAGAGCGGCCAGAUGAGCAUGGUGUAUGGCAACGCCUAUCUGACACUCUGCGCUCUCUCUUCCAAUUCUACUCACCAGACCUUUCUGGGCCGGGAUACUCACAUUUUCGAGUUCAACUUUGAGUCUAAAAUCGAGACAUCUAUACGUGGCAGAGUUCAGCUGAGUUUCCGCGGAAAUAUGUUUAAAACGAUGCAUACGGACUUUUUCAUGUCUGAUCCUGCAGUCGAUCUAGAAUGUGCCUGGUCUGAACGAGGUUGGACAUUCCAAGAGGACAUUUUGGCUCCCAGGAAACUACUUUUUGGGAGAUCAAUGUUAUACUUUCAGCACGGGCGUUGCGUCUAUCGGGAGGAUGGGGAAAAAGUGUUGAAUUGGCAAGAUAAAUCUUUUUCGAAUAUAGUGACCAACAACAUCCCAGAGUCUUCUUAUCGGGCGUGGAACGAAUUACUUCGGGGAUAUGACACGCGCGAGUUCACAAACCAAGCAGAUGCUCUGCCUGCGAUAUCAGGCCUUGCGAGAGUAUUCAACAAAGCAAGACAAGACACCUAUCUCGCCGGACUAUGGAGAAAAGAUAUUUUAAGGGGUGUGCUAUGGGCUACGCCAAAGACGGAAAUGGAUAAAACGACCCUUCUGCGGAAGUUGGCUUCCCCAGAAAUCUACAUUGCUCCGUCAUGGAGCAAUUUACGCAGUCGUUUUCCCACGGUAGAAGGGAUAGGGGGGUGGAACUUUCCCUACAAAGAAACCCACGUCAUCAGCGAGGUAGUAAAUUUGGAGGCCUCGACAUGCCCCGAUGGUUUGGAUCCGUAUGGAAGGAUAAAAUCCGGAGCACUGCGGAUGUCUGCACGGCUGAAACCCGUAGCAGAGUAUAGAUUUCUCUCAGGGCCACAUAAUGGUCAAAUGUGGAUUACAUAUGACGAGGAAGUUUAUUGCGCAACCUGCAAUCUCGACUAUCAAGGCCAGGGUAAUGUUUUACCGGGCGAUGGAACGGCCCUGCUCUUCUUGUCGAGCGCAUGCUGUGCCAAUGAACCGCCCCGUCGGUUUCUUUAUCUCAGCAAGACAGAAAUGGUCUCACAACUAGCUAAUGCUGGUUAUCCUGACAAUUAUGACGGCAGUCUUCGCAGUCUAAGCAAAGAACAAAGGGAUAGCAUUGGAUUGCAUGACAUCCUCGAUGAAUCCGACAGCCAUUUAACAAAGUAUCGAGGAGCCAAUCCUAAUCCAUGCGAAUGCUACAAAUCUAAACAACGUACUUGUCGCAAUUCUCACGAUCAGUGCCGCGCCUGUCGUCACUGCAAGCGCUGCUGCACCCAACCAAGACGAGGGAUCAAUGCCCAUGCAUGGGGUCUGAUUGUUCAUCCAACUGGGACACCAGGGCAGUUCUAUCGAGUAGGCGUCUUUACAUCGAGGGCUUUGGGACCGAACAGCUCCAGCGGAACAAAUGCAUUUCAAGGGCUGCCGUUUGAGGAAGUCGAGAUCAUCUGA